AUGAUGAAUGGCUUUAACUUGAACGAUGUGUUGGCUGUCGCCAGCGCCCAUCCUUUCUACUCUGCUACUCAAUAUCCACCGAGGAAGGAAGAUUUGCCCAUUUUGUUGGCAAAGCACCGAGAGUCAGGUGAAGAUCUGAAGCUAUCAUCAUUCCCAUUGACGUGGAAAGAAUCACUAUACAAAGAGAUUGCUAGACUGACUACCGAUCGAAAUCCUCAAAAUGGCUAUCGACGGGAGACUUAUAUCAGCACAACUGGCGGGGGGUCUGGUAAAGGCCUUCCAAUGGUCUUCGCAACGGAUUCACAGGAGACACGUCGACAACGUGCAGCCAUUGGGUCUCUCUUGAGACAUUGUGGGAUCACAGGACCGGGAGACUGGAUUAUGACAAUGCAUGUUUCAGGACACCUUUACAGGGCAUUGGAUCUCAUGGCCGAGACUUUGGAGGGUUCCGGCGCGGCGGUUCUUUGUGCUGGUAGCCAAAUGGAACAGGACCAGAUGAUCGAGACGCUGAUUGAAUAUCGAGUGAAUGCCAUCGCCGGUGACGCUGGUCAAAUUAUGCAAAUCUCACGAUACAUCUCUACUCUCCCAGAGGACAAGAGAAAGCAACUGCUGAUCAACAAAGUGCUAUAUACGUCGGAACCGAUGACCCCGGCCCAACGCAGCUUUUUAGGCUCUGUCUUUCCCGAUGUAGCCCUCUCUUCAGUUAUUGGUAGUGCGGAGGCUGGGCCCUGGGCUGUUUCACCACCCAAGAUGACAGAGGCCACGAAGACAGAACAAUUUGCCGACUUUGUGUACGAUCAGCGUUUGAUGCAUCUGGAAAUAUUCCCUUUCACUAUUGAAGGCUCACCAAGUACAUGCACUUCUGAUACUUUGCCACUUCCUGAUGGAGAAAAAGGGCUACUUGUGCAAACAUCGCUGCAAAGAAUGCGCCAUCCGCUCAUCCGUUAUGUGUGUGGCGAUGUUGGCUCACUCCACCCCUUGCCAGAAUCCAUAAAAGCCGAGCUGUCACUAGAGGAUGCACGUCACUACAAAGUCGCGCGGAUAUACGGACGCGAUCGGAGAGUAAGUUUUGAUUGGUAUGGGGAGUAUUUCGAAUUUCCGGCUAUUCAAGAAGCGAUGCGAACCGAGGCAUGGGGUAUAUUGCAGUACCAGAUCAUCCGCAGGUAUGAUGAGAAAGAUAAUAAUCCUGGCAUAGUUCUCGAGGUACGUGUGCUCCGGCACAAUGAGUCAGGUACGAUUAGCAAGGAAGAGUUGACACGCGAGCUACGAAAACUCUUCUGGGUCUUCGAGAACAACGAAGAACUGUUUGAUUUGCGUUAUCUUUCCGACUACUUAGGAUUCGUCAGAAGCACCACGGGGCGCAAAGUGAUCAAUUUUAUCAAUAAAGUUCUAGACUAG